AUGUCACAUAAUUAUAACUCGUCCAGCAGGAAAAGACUUCUGCAAAAUCAAUUUGAAUGAACAGAAGGAUACUUCAUUGAAAGUUUAAUUUCAUAUUUACAAGAAGGUUACUCGUAGAAACACAAAUAAAAUGGCGAUGCCACCGACCCUUCUCGCCCGAGCCCAUUUCGAAUUUGGGACUUGCUAUGGCCUAAAGCCAAACCGAGCAGAAAACUCAGUCUAAGGGUACUGGACAUUUUUGUUCCGGUUGAGUUUGCCUCCUUCAUCCGGGAAUGAAGAAUUUGAGUCUUCCCGGUGGACAUUUGAGAAAAAAGGCUUUUUGCCCCUAGAGAUCACUAGUGCAGACGACGAAGGCAUAAUCGGUAUGGAUACUAGCUAGGAAGUUUAUCCCUAGCUUAAACUCUAAUUACUCAAGCAGUAGCCGUCAAGUCCCAAAUCUGCAUGCCCAGGCAGCAUUUAAGAGGCAGACCGAAAGUCAGAAAAGAGCUAUCUCUGGUGGAAAUGCUGAAAUACUCACUGAGAUUCUUUAGCAGUUGAAAGAGUCUUCUACGAAGACCUUAAUCUUUAGAUAAUGCAAAAUAAUGGUUGCUCGAUAGACAAAACUGAAUUAAAUUCUGCUUAUCAAAAAAUUUUGGAAUCAGCCAACAAUCCAAGAGAUGUGCAUAAACUCUAUAAUUCCUACAUAAAUUCUAUUCAAAAUUACACAGUUACAUGCUUAAAAUCUGAACUUUUGGAUUUAUCUGGAGAAGCUCUUUUAUCAUCUCUUACCAAGAGACUAAAUUUUCAUGAUAAGCUUACCGACUUAACCAGAAAAAUUUUUAACCACCCUCAGGAGUAUGACAAUGAAAAAUGACUUUUCAGCUUCUGUCAGAAAGCACUAAAUUUUCUGCCAUAUAAACUCGGAAAAGCUCUUAUUCAGCAUUUAAAAUAUGAAAGAGAAGGUUCAGUUAUUGACCAAAAUAUUACGAAGCAAUAUUUUGAUUUUUUAUGAAAAUUACUUAUUGGAAUGGGUGAUGAUGUAAAUGGAAAAUUUUGAUGAAAAGAAAAGCAAGCUUUAAAAUAUUACGAAUUUUGUUUCGAAAAUGAUUUUUUAAAAGAAUCUCAACAGUUCUAUGCGUCAAAAAUAAUUGAACUGAUUAAAAAUUUGCCAUAUUAUGAUUAUUUGAUAGCUAUUGGAGAGUUUCUUAACGAAGAGGUAGAAAGGGCUGAUAAUUAUUUAAAGCCUACCACAAAAAAUAAACUUUUGAGUAGUUUUUUUAGAGAAUUUCAGUUUUGAAAUCCUCAGCAGCUUUCUGAUAUGGAAAAAAACUUAUAUGAAGAUAUGCUUAAUGUCUCAAAAAUUGAAUCUUUUAAAGCAAUAUUCAAUAUUUUAAAGUAUUCAGAACCUGAUAUUAGAAAUCUGACAAAAAUGCUUUACGACUAUAUAGAAAACAAAGGAAAUUUAAUUUUAAAUAAUGAGCAGCUUAAGCUUGACUGGAUUGAGUACAUAAAAGCUUCAAUUUUAUUUAAAUGUGAAAUUGAUUUAUUAAUUAAAGCUACGUUUGACUGUUUUCUGCCAUACAAGAAAUGAUGGGAUAGCUUUUUCAGAAAGUUUAUUAAUGGAGUCUCGAAUUCUGCAGCUUAUUGUGCAUGCUACUGUGACUGGCAAAUGAGGAUUGGUCUUAGACCCACUUCUGAAGUUGAAACUGAUCAAAUUUUGGACACUAUAGUAAAUAUAAUUUCUUUUUUGGAUGACUGUGAUGUUUUCAUACACCAUUAUACAUGAUAUUUGUCUAAAAGAUUGUUAGAGGAGACAAGCUCAAGCGAAUAUGCCGAAAAAUCGAUGAUUUAUAAAUUCAAGGAGAGAUUUGGAGAAAAGUAUGCCAAUAAAAUGCUGAUAAUGUAUAAUGAUAUUUCUAUAUCUGAAAAACUUAUGGAGGAUUUUAAAGAGUCAGGAAGAGGUAGCAUGAGAGGGAUUGAAAUGGAAGUUAAGAUUUUAAAAAAUGGAUGCUGGCCGGAAAAUCCUCCUGAAUUCUGCUCAAUUCCUAGAGAAUUAAUAUCUUGCACUGAAUUAUUCGAAAGUUUUUAUCUAGAAAAAUAUCAUAAGCGAAAACUCACUUGGACAAUGGCAUCAGGGACUAUAGAUUUGUCAACAAUUUUUACACCGAAUAAUUAUAUUUGCAUUGUAAAUCCUUAUCAAGCUAGCUUAUUAUUAAUGUUUAACCAUAAAAAUUCCUUCACAGUUAAAGAAAUCAUUGAAAAUUCCAAGCUACGAGAGUCAACUUUAAAAGCCAAUUUAAUAAAAUUUUUUAAUCCAAAAUGCCAACUUUUAAAGAAAGAAAGCAAAGGGAAAAAACUGAAUAACGAUGAGAAAAUAGAAAUUAACGAGGAUUUUCAGUCAAAAAAUAUGAAAAUAAACUAUCUUCCAAAGAUGAUUUCUAGGAGUGAAUCAAUUCAAAAGAAAGAAGAAACUGCGAUUUUAAAUGAAAGAAGAAACAUUAUUGAUUCAAUUUUAAUUAAAAUAGCAAAAAAAUCGAAAAUAAUAAAGCAUCAAGAUAUGAUAGAAGAAGUGCUACAAGAAAUGCAAAAUUUUAAGCCAAGAGUGCCAAUGAUAAAUGAUCAAAUAGAAAGUCUAAUCAACAGAGAGUUCUUAAUGAGAAGUGAAAAUGAUAAUACAGUUUAUCAUUACAUUCCUUAA